GUUGAGACGGACGAAUAUUUACGAACAGUCUGUCGUGGCAGCGUAGAGAAGAUGAAAUAGUGCUUGUAGGAUUUAAAAGUUGAGAUGGAUAGCAGUUAAUUUUACGGAUACCAUAUCCAAAUAGAUGUAUAUGACAUCUCGUCGAAUUUGUGAAUAAUUAUCCUUGUUGUCCUAUAUAUCUCAUAUUUAAUAAGUACUUAUCUUUGCAGCUAUAAGUCAAUUAAAUACUGUAACUUCAUGUAUAGAAAUGAUAAACUGUUAUUCGAGCGGACAAACAUAGAUAAGAUAUGGGAAUUGGGAAAGUUACAUUAAUGGAGGGAAUUACAGAAAUUAUAUAUGUGAAAUACGAUAUCGUAACAGAAGUGCGUGAAGCUUUCUCUCGGUACAAUCAAGCGAAAUACUCAGAAUACAACUCAGAAAUCCUUCUGUCACUGACAAAUCGAUCGGAAGAUCAAGGAAGUAUUCAAACGACCAUCAUUCUGUAAACCAUGGAUAAUAAAAAAAUGUCGCAAAAUGUUCGUAGUAACGAUCAUUUAAACAAUUCCAGUGAAGAUGAAUACUUGGAAAAAAUGAAAGGCAUAGUUUGUGGUACUGCAAUGCCAAUCGGUUUCGAUACUUGGUCCACAAAAGAGCAACAUGACUGGUUGGAUCAGAAUAUAAGAAAAUACUUCCCAAACGUGCCAGAGACUCUGCAAAAUAUCAUACCGGGUGCCUUCAGUCUGAUAGAUUACAAUCGACCCCAAGAGAAGUUACCCGAAUGGGUAGACAUGGAUAAAUAUCGCAGAGGACAAAAGUUUGUGCGUGAGCAUUACUUUUCGAUUGUCGUAACAUUAUUUUUCGGCGCCAUUUACAGCUACACAUUCAAUGAUGUUUCCAAACCAAUUAUCAUAGGAGGAAAUAGUCAUACAUUAUUCUUAGCACUCAAAAGGUACCUGAGUACUGUAAAACGAGUAUUCACCUGGUUCAAUGGAGAGCCUUGGGUUAAAGAUACAGAAGCCUAUAGAAAUAUGCAAUUUACCCGUAAAAAGCAUCUGAUGAUAGGCACAAAGGUUUCUCAGAUGGAUAACGAACAAUACUACGCUGCAUCAAAGAUAGCAAACUCAUGGUGUCCAGAGUACGAAUUACUUCGGAAGGAUUUCGCUACGACGUGUCCCUUCGAAGAGCCCAGACAACGUCCUUACAAAAUGUUCGAUGGCACGUCGUAUAAAUUGAAAAGCAUAAAUGAUAUGACGAUGGCUAUUACACAAGCCAACUUUGUACUUUUACCCGUAUUAUAUCCGCAGAAUAUCGGAAUCCAUGGUGUAACCGACGAGGAUCUGGAAGCCUAUUGCCAUAUGUGGAAAUGUUAUGGAUAUUUUCUCGGAAUAAAAGACGAGUACAAUUUAUGUCAUGGUAACUUGGAGGACAUAAAACGGUGCUUGCGAGAUUUAACUCAAUAUUGGACAAAAGUUAAUUUUAAGGAUAUCGAGCCCGAAUUCGUGUACAUAACAAAAUGUAUCAUAAUAUCUCUACGUCACUACUAUUCAUCUCUAUAUCUUCCUUAUAAAACCGCGGUAUUACUCUUUACGGAAAUAUUAAAUUUAAACAUGCCCAACUUGUAUGCGUCGCUUAGUUAUACAGAGUGGAUCGCUUAUAAAAUGUAUAGAUUUUUGUUACAUCAUGCGUUGAAGUUCUCAAGUGUCAGAUCAAUUAUUAAUAGACUAACAUAUAAAAUAUUUGAAGCAGUAUUAUAUUUGGACUCGAAGAAGAUGGCGAAGCUGCACGAGAAAACAAAAUAA